AUGGAACCUUCUUCUCCAAGAAACAACAGAACCACUGAAUUUCACCCUUUCUCCACUUCACCGCCUCACAUGCUUGCCUUCCACCUCGCAUGGCUGUCGUUGUUCUCUUGUUUCUUUUCAACCUUUUCAAUCCCUCCCCUUAUUCCAGUCAUCCGCCGAAACCUGAAUCUCUCCGCCGCCGACGUCGACGCUGCCGGUACAGCAGCUUUCGUCAGCUCCAUCUUCUCCCGCCUAGCCAUGGGACCCGUUUGCGACCUCGUCGGCCCACGUGUCGCUUCCGCCACUCUCUCCCUCCUUAUUGCUCCUAUUGUUUUAGCCACCGCUUUCAUUUCAUCACCAACUUCUUUCAUCCUGGUACGGUUCCUCGUCGGUUUUUGUUUAGGAAACUUCGUGGCCAACCAGUUCUGGAUGAGCUCAAAGUUCUCCACCUCAGUCGUCGGUCUCGCCAACGGUUUCGCUGCCAGUUGGGCUAGCAUGGGAGCCGGCGUUGCUCAGUUAAUCAUGCCCCUCUUGUUUUCCCUCGUGAAAUCCUUUAACGUGCCGGAAAACACCGCAUGGCGGGUCGUUUUCGUCGUUCCGGCGACUUUCCAAGCUAUAACAGCGGUACUGGUCUUAGUUUACGGCCAAGAACUCCCACGUGAGAACCAUGAGAAUUCGAAAAAGGUUUCCAGCAAGCCAAAUGAGAGUUUUCUGGAAGUUCUUUUUAGUGGAUUGAUGAACUAUAGAGGGUGGAUAUUAGGCUUAAUAUACGCUUUCUCUUUUGGGGUGGAGAUGACAAUGGAUAAUAUCAUUGCUCAGUAUUUUUACUAUAUAUUUGGAGUGAAUUUAGAGGUUGCCGGAACGAUAGCGGCUUGCUUCGGGUUGACGAACAUUUUCGCUCGGCCGAUGGGCGGGGUGGUUUCGGAUUGGAUGGCAAAGUGGUUCGGGAUCAGAGGCAGGCUUUGGGGUUUGUGGGUGGUCCAGACGGUGGCGGGUUUGCUUUGUGUUUCGAUGGGACGAGUUGACUCGUUAGGUGGUUCCAUUGCCUUGAUGUGUGUAUUCUCUGUGUUCGUUCAAGCUUCUUCCGGACUCACGUUUGGCAUUGUUCCUUUCGUUUCCAAAAGGUCACUGGGAGUGAUAUCGGGGAUGACGGGGAGUGGAGGGACACUGGGGGCAGUUGUGACACAAACGCUGUUGUUUUCGGGGGAUAAAUUUUCGACUCAAACAGGCAUUUCCAUAAUGGGGCUUAUGAUGAUCGUUUGCUCACUUCCCAUCACCUUAAUCUACUUUCCUCGGUGGGGAGGCAUGUUUUGCGCUCCUCAUUUCUUGCAUCAAGUUCCAACUCAUGAACAACAUUAUCGUCUUCUGGUUCCAGACAUAGAAGCAAUGGCAAUGGCAAUGGCCAAUGACUAA